AUGGGGAGAGUACGCGGAGUGCCGUACAGGCAGACAGUCAAUCAGGAAAUGUGCGUGGAGAACUAUACAGUGAAGCGAUCAGCGAAAGUACGCGGAGGUCGACAGCGGAAUAGUGAACAGUUGAAGUACGCAGAACAAGACCCGGAACAAGUGAAAGUACAAGUGAGCAUCGAAGCGGGCAUCCGAAGAGGAUCUUCGCAAGCAAGGAGAAGCGAAGGGCAAGCCAACACCAGGUCAGAAAGGUCUUUGGUCGCAAAGGUGGUUCGGGGAGGAGCGCUAUCCUAUCUCACGGACGAUACACCCUGUCCCCAUAACAUCCUAACCCCCGGUCGAGCCGGCACGGAUACGCCGUCGAGAGCGACGCGGGACCAGCGAAGAUGGACGACGAAGGAGCAAGUACGCGCAUCCGAAGGCGAGGAUCACAGGCUACCAUUUCAAAGUGAUAACAGGCACUGGAGCUCCAACAAUACGAUUUUGAAAUCUCGUAUAGAAAGGGAAACAAACAGUUGCGAAUUCCGUGGGAUGCAGAUACAUGGAGGAGAAUCUCGUUACCGGUACAGGCCCCGCGGAAUAACGGCAGAAAGGAGCAGAAGAAAAACCGUCUUUCAAAAUCUAGUCGGCAGAAUGGACACUACGCGAGCAGCGAGUACCAACCGGGAGGUGCGGGAGACCGGCACUAAAGAACAGCCCAAAGCGAUAUGGAGUAGGGAUUCCGAUUCCUAUCUCCAGCUUCUGGCGUCACCCCUGGUGCCGCGGUCCCCAUCCCCGGUUGAGGAGGAUCCGGAGGCAGAAGUCUUUGAGCGAGAAGCCUUGGAGGGAGCUGCAGCGUAAGGAGUGGCCAACCCGGGUGGUCGAAGAGACCGAGCUGCAGGCGGGCAGACGGCACAAGGACCGCUGGGCAAAGUUGUUCGUGCUGGGCGGCCAGAGGUUCCGCCUGAAGGUUCGUCGCGGCGGAGAGAUCCGGGUGUACACACCCCAAUAAACGAAUGAACUGAGAUAAUCAACGUGUUGAUUGGGUCAGGGGAGGGUGGUGGGGACGACACAGCUCACAUGGGAAAAAAGGUGCGAAAUCAUCCGCAGCAGCCAAGAGCCGACGCGGGGCCAGGCACGCGGGCCGGCAAUUCGACGCGAGGCUGCCGCAGGGCGGAAACGAGGAGGGCACUUGCUGCCGCAAGCUGGCCUCCAGGGCGCUUAGCGUCCAGGGUCAGCAACCCCGGAACAUGAAGGGGCGUUCAUCGAGUGGGUGGAGCUAAAAACAAAAGAGAGAAUGAGUAAAUAUGGCGAUUUUCACACAAAAAGUCGCAAACUCACCUCCAUUGAGCUGCAACACCAGAAACCACGUGUGAAGAAAAUCGGGAUGGGGGCGCUACGAUAAUAGCGGUCGAUCGAUAGUGAGAUCGAUAGGGAACAAAAAUACUGGAAUUUAGAUUGAUUUUCGACACGCAGUCACACUAUAGGCAGCAAUCGGCACAACAUAGCAACAUCGAUAGGAACAGGAAGUGGCAGCGCCGGUCGCCAAUAUCGAUAACUCGAUCGUGCAAUCCGCACGACGUGACAAUAUCGGUAGAAACAGAAGGUGGCAACGCCGGUCGUGGUGAGUAUCGGUGGAGUUGCAAAAGACGAAAGGUGAUGAGAAGAGCGUCGCGGGACCAGCGAAGAUUCUAUUUGUCAAGCGUCACUGCAUAAAGCGAACUUCGAGUAUAACUUCCCCGAGCAGAUGGUUAAGUGCAGUUGGGCGAUCAUGCAGGCGUUACCACCCCACCCCCUAAACCUCCACGCCUCUAACUCUGUCGGACACCGAACGGGGAAGACGAACAACUGGAACACCGCAUCCGGCCAAGUGCUGACUUCGCGUACAAAGUUGCACAGCAACAUUGUCUGCGAGCGACCCGGCCAGCCGAAUGCUGAAGCGGCACAAAAUAUCAUGUUAAUGUUUACAUUAAAAACCUAUGUACUCUUAAGAACUAAACACUUAUGUAUAAUCUCGAAAACAGACUAACGGAGAGGUAGAGGAGACUUCUCCGAGACAAUAAAAUUCACUCUUGUUUUAAGCUCGAAACAAA